AUUUCUGCAAGCUACAUGGAAAUGGGAAGCCAGAGUUACUUCAGGGCUUUGAUUCUUUGUCUUUUGGCAUUAAUUGCUUCAAAUCAUGCUCAACUGCAGCUGGGUUUUUAUGCUAAGAGCUGUCCAAAAGCUGAGCAAAUCAUUUUAAACUUUGUUCAUGAGCAUAUCCACAAUGCUCCAUCACUUGCAGCUGCCAUAAUAAGAAUGCAAUUCCAUGACUGUUUUGUUAGGGGAUGUGAUGGUUCAGUCCUUCUGAACUCAACAACAAAUCAAGCUGAAAAGAAUGCUCCUCCAAAUCUUACAGUCAGAGGCUUUGACUUCAUUGACAGAGUAAAGAGCCUUGUUGAAGCUGAAUGCCCUGGUGUAGUUUCUUGUGCUGAUAUAAUAGCUUUGGUUUCAAGAGACUCUAUUGUAGCCACAGGUGGACCCUUUUGGAAAGUUCCAACAGGUAGAAGGGAUGGGGUCAUAUCUAAUUUAGUAGAAGCCAGAAGCAGCAUUCCUGCACCAUUUCACAACUUCACCACCGUCCAAACACUAUUUGGCAAUCAGGGACUUGAUUUAAAAGACUUGGUCCUGCUUUCUGGUGCUCACACAAUUGGUGUAUCACAUUGCUCAUCAUUCUCAAGCCGCCUAUUCAAUUUUACUGGCAAGGGUGAUCAAGAUCCAGCACUUGAUAGUGAAUAUGCAAAAAAUCUUAAGACCUUCAAGUGCAAGAACAUCAAUGAUAACACCACAAAAGUUGAGAUGGACCCUGGAAGUCGCAAGACAUUUGAUCUUGGCUACUAUGGUCAAGUGGUUAAGAGAAGGGGUCUAUUUGUGUCAGAUGCUUCAUUGUUGACUAACACUGUUACAAAGUCAAUGGUCACUGAACUUCUUCAUGGGUCACUUGAAAAUUUCUAUGCUGAAUUUGCCAACUCAAUGGAGAAAAUGGGACGAAUUAAAGUCAAGACCGGGACAGAAGGAGAGAUCAGGAAGCAUUGUGCACUUGUAAAUAGUUAA